CUGUCGAGGAAUCGUUUGGCGGAGGUCCCCUCGGAGGUGUGUCACCUGGUCGCCUUGGAAUCGCUGAACCUCUAUCACAACUGUAUCAAAACUAUUCCUGACACCAUUAUCAGCCUACAGUCACUCACCUCCUUAAACCUCAGGUAAGACUUGGACCUACAGUUAACAGGUGACUGUGUUGAGUGAGAAACACAUUCGUUUUCAAUGAUAUUAGAAACACCUCCAUUCUUUUUCCAAGAGUUGCUGAAUAUCAGUGGUUGAUCCUUAAAGUUGUGUUGGCACAGUUAUCCCUAUGAGGUGCCAGUAUUGGUUCAGUAAUGGAUUAAAUACAAUAGAUGUCAGUUGAUAUUUGAUAAGCAGAAGAGGGUUAACAGUUAGCAGUAAGCAGUAGUCUGUUCGGCCCAUGGCUUGUUAAGACCCAGGUGUUUGGUGCCAACUGUUCCCCAGGGCUGACACCCUUGUUAGCCUUCAUGCAUCACGACACCUCUCAACGGGCUGAUGUCACCACUUCCAAACUCAUGGCAGGACCACAAGGCAACAGCACAUCCUGUCUGUCUGUGUUUGUGUAAUACGCUAUGAUCUCAUACCCAGGUCACUCUUACUGUUUCAUUCUAUCUUUCUCCAGUGUCCACUCACUCUUUAUCUAGCUAUCGACAGAGAGAGAUAUAGAUAGAUAGAUAGAGAGAGAUAGAUAGAUAGAUAGAUAGAUAGAUAGAUAGAUAGAUAGAUAGAUAGAUAGAUAGAUAGAUAGAUAGAUAGAUAGAUAGAUAGAUAGAUAGAAAGAAAAUGAGAGCGCGAGAGAGAAAGAAGAGCAGAGAGAGAGAGAUGAGAGAGAGGUAGGGAGAGAGAAUGGGGAAGAGGGAGAGAGAAAGACAGACAGAGCGAGAGAGAGACAGAUGGGGAGAAGGAGAGACAUAAAGGGAGAGGGAGGGAGAGCGAAAGUGUCAUCAUAUCAGUGCUAACCUGUUUUUCUACUGCCAGCUGUAUGCGUCAUCAACCUGAGACAGACUCAGUAUUCUCUGUCCUUCAUGUCUCUAAUGUCUUCAUCCAUGCUCACACCACCGUGUAAGGCAAAUGCAUUAGUCAUAUCUCUGACACACACACACACACACAGAUAGAAGAGCAAACAUACACGCACAUGCGCAUGCAUGAAUUCACGCAUGAAUACGCAUAUCGUGUUGCGGUCAUAUCACUCAGGUUAAGUUAAUUAGUAAUUUAAUAAGUGAUUAAUUUAAUUAGUUAUCUAAAUGAUACAUCUGAAGGAAGUCUAGUUUAUCUUCUCAUCACUGAGCUGAUGUAGGGUAAAGUGUGUGUGUCUGUGUGUGUGUGUGCGUGUGUGUGUGUGUGUCUGAGUAUAAUGUGAUGUGAGCGCCACAGUGACAGCGCCAGGGGAUGUGUUUUACACCACUAGACAUGAAUGUUAUCAGACACCGGCAGAUAUUCUCAUUUAAAUAUGUGGCUUUUCAUAACGGAGUCAAAACAGGAAAUAGAGAAUGCUCUCCAUGUCUGCACCAGGAACACAUAAAAAGGACUGCUUUAUUUUUAGGAUCGUUCUGUUCCUGGCCUGUAUCAUGGUGGAAAGAGAAUGAAAGCUCUUUGUUGUCUAGAUCAGUGGUUCCCAACCAGGGGUACUAGGACCCCUAGGGAUACUUGGCCUAUCCACACGGGAUACUUGAGAAGACUCAUGAGACCAUAGGCCUGCUGGAAAAUGCACACGAGGGUGUACUUCAGGGAUACUUCGGGAAGAGCAAAGUUCAGUUGGUGGUACAGUAACUACAGUAUCUAGACCACUAGUGUAGAUUGAAUUUGGCAGUUGUAAAAAACCAACAACCUUAUUUUGAAGUUGUCUAGGAAAUUUACAUUUUAGUCAUUUAGCAGACGCUCUUAUCCAGAGCGACUUACAGUUAGUGAAUACAUUUUUUAUUUUUUUAUACUGGCCCCCCGUGGGAAUCGAACCCACAACCCUGGCGUUGCAAACACCAUGCUCUAUCAACUGAGCUACAUCCCUGCCGGCCAUUCCCUCCCCUACCCUGGACGACGCUGGGCCAAUUGUGCGCCGUCCAUGAGUCUCCCGGUCGCGGCCGGCUGCGACAGAGCCUGGAUUCGAACCAGGAUCUCUAGUGGCACAGUUAGCACUGCGAUGCGGCGCCUUAGACCACUGCGCCACUCAGGAGAAAUGGGAUGAAGGCUGUUUGGAGCUGUCAGCUGUUGUUGUCAUGGAGUUUGCUGAUUUCUAUUGCUGCAUUUUAGUGUGAAGUGCUUUCAUUCUGUUAGCUUUUAUUUAGGCAGGCAGCUUUUAAUGUGCACUGUUGUAAUGCUAGCUUGUUGCUCUAUUGCGUUAGUUUGUGCUGUUGUGCUAGCUGCAGUGCAGUGUAGUGGGAGUGUAGUGUGUGCUCUUUAUGAUUGUGUUUUUGUCUAAUGAUGUGAUGUCUCUUCUUGUGUGGUCCUAGCUGACAGCUCCUAGCUCCUCUCUCUUGGCCUGUGUGUUGUUAUGUUACUACUCCACAGGGCUUUCCAUUCUGCUAACACAGUUAGCUAAUGCUAGCUAAUGCUGUUAUGAAUGAAAAAGAUUUGUACCUACACACUGAAGAAGGCUGCAAAGUUGAAACGUAUGAUGCAGUAAAAAAUAAAUAAAAAUGAAGUAAGCUUUAUCUUUUUGAGUGCAGACCGAUCACACUUAGAUAAAAUUAUGGGAUUCAGCCAGUGUUGUCUAUACCUUCUCCCUCAUCAUAAUGGAGUGGAUCUAAGUGGAUCUUGUGGGAGGAUCCUAGAGAGGAACUCAUCCCGUCUAUAAUCUCUUGGAUCAGAGACGGAGACAGUGUUUGACAGCUCUGGCUUUGUGGAGGCUUUGGCAAGCCCCUGGACUGCACUGUUCCCCAAUACUGGAAGGGGGGCCUGAGUGAAAAAGUUUGGGAACCGCUGGUCUAAUUGAUUCAACGAACAAAAACACAUAUCUAAGUUUUGCUUUUUUAAUUAACCAGAAAUGUAAUAGUUACUUCUGGUUGCUUUUCAAAGUUAGCUGGCUAACUCAUUGAUUCUGCUUUGUAGUAUACCCCUCAGAACAAGAGGCUUUCCUGUGUGUGUGUGUGUGUGUGUGUGUGUGUGUGUGUGUGUGUGUGAGAGAGAGUGAGAACAGCUGGAUAAACUCAGUUUCAUUUCAUUUCCGGAAUAUUCCUCCCAGUGCUGAGUCAGAGGACUUUUGCAGCCUCAUGGUUUUGUGUGUGUUUGUCCAUGGGUUGGUUCUUCUGUCCUUGUGGGGACCUAAAAUCCCCAAAAGUCCCCACAAGUAAAACAAGGAAAAUUCUCCCUUGAGGGACAUUUCCCAUGUCCCCAUGAGGACAAAGGCUAUUUUAAGCUUAAGGGUUAGGGUUACAAUUAGGCUUAGGGUAAGGGUUACGGGUUAAGGUUAGCUUUAGGUUUAGGGGUUAGGGAAAGUAGGACUCUGAAUGUAAAUCAAUUUUAGGUCUCCACGAGGAUAGAAGAACAAAGCAUGUUUGUGUGUUUACCGAUGGGUUAAUUCCAGGAUAAUUUGGAGCCUUUGUUGUGGAGUGGAGAACUUAAUUUAUCUGGGGUCAUCUGUAAUCCACUCUGCUCAUACUCUGCUCCGUCAAUGUUAAAAGACCUCUCUCCCAGUCUCUCUGUCUGUCUACAUUAUGAGGCCUCUCUCCUAUCCUCCCCUCCCUACACUGCUCUGCCACUGACAUCCUGCUGUGUGCUUGCUAACUGCAGCUGUAAGCCGGAGACAGAACACCAGAAGCCUGUUUUUAUGAGAGGUUUAAACUGUUUGGAGGUGUUCUGCUCUGUUUUGAAAAGGGCUUGGAUUGUUUUCAAGCGUUUGGCUAACUGCUAAUGUAAGCCAGGGAAGGAACACCAAAAUCCUAUUUUUAUGAAGGGUUUUUGGAGGGUUUUGGGACUGUUUUGGGGCUGUUUUGUCGUGCUGGACUGAACUGGAUUGAGAUUCAGGUUGUGUGUGUUUAUGUUUUGCAGAAGUACAGUACAGUGCUGGCAGAGGAAGUGUUUAUUGGAAAGCUACACUACACUACACUACACACAAACAGCCAUAAACACUGACUCACUGACUCGUGUACUGUAAAUAUGAAUACCAUUAUGCAACACAUUGUUACAAUGCAGAUAGUGUCCCUUUGCCUUCUCCCUCUUAAGUUGAAUUGAUUAAAAAAUAUUAAAAUGUCUAUUUUCCCAUGUAAACAAAAGCUCCUUAACAAGUCUUCCUCCCACUGGGUAUAUCCAUGUCUUUCUUAAGGAAAUUAGUUCAGUUGGUAUGGGUCAUGGAUCAUGUACUCUAAUGUAAAUUAAUAAGGUCCAACACACAUCUCAUCUGACACCUUUAUUGAAGUUUCCAUCCAAAUGGAUCUUUGUCAGCUCUAGAUGGUAGACACUCUGGACAUCCCAUUCAUCUCUCUCUGAUCAGCAUCUCUCAGUGUCAGUCGUCAUGCUGUCUCAGGCUGUGUGUAAUAUAUAGCGGUUUGUGUUCACAGUCGGAACCAGCUGUGUGCUCUGCCAGCCUGUCUGUGUGGGUUGCCCCUACGAGUCCUCAAUGCCAGCAACAACAAGCUGGUGUGUAUACCUGAGGCCAUCGGUCAGCUCAGAAGCCUCAUGGAGCUGGUAAGAGUCUCUCUCUCUCUCUCUCUCUCUCUCUCUCUCUCUCUCUCUCUCUCUCUCUCUCUCUCUCCUCUCUCCUCUCUCCUCUCUCCUCUCUCCUCUCUCUCCUCUCUCUCUCUCUCUCCUCUCUCCUCUCUCCUCUCUCCUCUCUCCUCUCUCCUCUCUCCUCUCUCUCUCUCUCUCUCUCUCUCCUCUCUCCUCUCUCUCUCAAAAUGCCAGACACAGCUCUUAGUUUCCUGUGUGAGUUCCUGGCCAGGCUUAGCCUUACGUAACUGUACUGUUCUUCACUGAGUGGUGAAAUGAAUGGAACCAGUCCUCAUGGAGGUAGCGCUGCCAGCAAACAGGGGAGGAGGGGAGACUUUGUUUGACUCCAUGUGAGGAGACAGGCUAGACCAGUGGGAUAGGAAGCAAUGGGGCUGUAAUAGGGAUGUGUCAUGAGCCAUACAAACCCCUUACCUUAGGUCCUGUACACCAGGUGUGACCAACCAUCCUCGUGUAGAGCUACUGGGUUUACAGACCAGACCUUCUCUGACACACCUGAUUCUACUUAUCUGCUGCUCAUCAUUACCUUGAUUAGUUGAAUCAGGUGUGUUUGAGUAGGACUAGAACAAAAUCCUGCACACACACCAGAAAGUAAUAUUUGUGUGUGAGUUAACUCAGUGUGUUGUGCCCCCUACAGGAUGUGAGCUGUAAUGAGAUCACUGCUCUGCCCCGUCACAUCGGCCGACUCAAGGCCCUCAGAGAACUCAACGUCCGCAGGAACCUGCUCUGUGUCCUACCUGAAGGUGAGUUUAACCUCUGUUCACAAGAGGAAUUCUACAGGAAAACUUCCACAGGUGCGUCUAGAAAAUAUCAAUAUAUUCCAAGCUGUAUUGCAAGCCCAGCCAAAUAAGAGCCAGACAGAUCUAAUUUAUAAUCACUGUGUCUGUGUCUCAGACAGAUCUAUGAUCCAGUCUCCUGGUAUGUCUCAUGGCCCAAGGGUAUUGAGCAGCACUAGUCUUUGUGGUUUGAGAUGUCUAGUAGAGCAGUGUUUCCCAACUCCAGUCCUCAAGUACCUCCAACAGCAUACAUUUUUGUUGUAGCCCCGGACAAACUCACCUGAUUCAACUCAUUGAGGGCUACAACAAGAAUGUGUGUUGUACUGGAGGACUGGAGUUGGGAAACACUGCUGUAGAAUAAAAGACGUCUGUGACAGGACGCUCUCUAAGUCCGAGAGACGCCACCCGUCAUCUGUCAGAACCUGGCAACCUCUCGUUGUCUGAAUGAUGGACGAGUAUUGUUCCGAAUAUUCUUCCUACAUAUUUUCCCCGGAUGCGUCUCUAUUGUAGAUUUACAGUCAGUGAUUUCUGAUCGCGCUGCAGAUGCUCCAUCUAUAAUUUUUGGGUUUGAUUGAUGAGCCUGGAUCUGGCCAGGCGGCUCGACUCCCAUGGGUGGAGGACAGGAGUGGAGACAGGAGAUUGGACGAGAAGCCUGGGGAGGAGGGGGAUGUUGGGAAAUAGAGUUUUAGAUUAUUUGUUGAACUUUUGGGGCAUCACUCCUCAAAUGUAUUUUGGAGAGACCCCCUUCCUGGGCCACCAAGGCACUAAAGUAUUGUAGUUACCCUGCCAAAGAUUGUCAAUGACAGGAAAGUGUUUAUUUUUAUUGUAUUUUAUUCCUAUGGUUACCUAUACGGUAGGUGAUAUGGAUGCUGAAAAUAUUGUCUGAAGGUUGAGAUCCUGUUGUAGAAUAUGUUGGUAAAGUCCUUGAAAGCUUUGGAAAUGGAAUUGAUUCACUGGACUCUAUACAGGAUGAGAUUUCCCCCUUUUUAUACUGAAUGAUGGUAAGAAAUCCCUCAUAGAAGUUAUUCUAAGGGGUGACCUUGAGGGAAGAGGACGUGAGAGACUUUCUCAUUUCAGCUAAUUAAGAGAAGAAGUGUACUCUGCUGGUUGGUUUUAAAAAUAAUAUUUGGGGCUCUCCCUCAUGGCCUCCCUGCUAAGAUUAUCUCCGUUGUCUCAGAGUGAUUUUAAUUAUAAAAGGUUGUCAGAGAGAUAAAGUCAUAAUUGUUUCGCUUGAAUUACGACCUCUUGGGGAAUGUGUUGCUGGCACAGAAUUGCUGAGACUCUCUCGCUCUGUCUUUGUUACUAUUUCUCUGUUUCUCUCUCUCUCUCUUUCUCGCUCUCUGUCAUUUACCUCUCACUGUCUAUUUUCUCUAUCCAUCUGAUUUCAGGACUACUUUAUCCCAUUUGCCCAUAAAAUGCAUGUGAUACGACAAAGUUACACCAGUAACACCCAGCGCUGCUAUUUAUUGUAACAGUAUUUUCCAAGUCUGUGGUUUUCUUCUGUUUCCUAGCAAUGUCUCUCCUCUCAUAUUGACUGGGUCAUAGUGGUUUGUGCUGAGGUUAGCGCCUAGGAUACGUUCCUUCAGUUAAUUUUUAACUUUUGGCAUGGUCCACAUUAGCGGAACUUUGGCAGUGAGGGAGUCUUGAAGUAUCAGGGCUGCUGGGCUCUGUGGGUUUCUAGGGGGGAAAAGUUCUGUCUGAGGAUCCCAGUGCACAAACACACACAUGCACACACACACACACACACACACACACAUAACAAUUACUCCUUAAACUCUAGGGAUUGUGUGUUUGUCCCUCAGACUUGGCGGAGCUUCCCCUGGUGAAGUUUGACUUCUCCUGUAACAAGGUGUCCACCAUCCCAGUGUGCUACAGGAAGAUGGCCCAGCUCCAGAACCUACAGCUGGAGAACAACCCCCUACAGAGCCCCCCUGCACAGGUCGGUCUGGGGCUACGGCUGUCUCCACAGCUUGGCAUGUCAUACGGAGCAAUGGAAUAUAGCAUUCAUCAUAGGGCAUGUCUCUCUGUGUGUUCUGUUUUAGCUAUUUGUGUACCUUCUACUUUUGUAUCAGUCAUCUACUUGCUCUAAUUCACCCAUUGAUUAUCUGUUUUCUAGAUCUGCAUGAAAGGCAAAGUUCACAUAUUUAAGUACCUGAGCAUUGAGGCAUGUCGGAGUGACAAGAUGCCUGAUUCUCUCUAUCUGCCUGUCAUGGAGCGCCUCAGCCUAUCACGACCCGCCGCCGGCAGGUGAGUUGCUAUGCCAACCCUAACGGAGGCAACUGUUAGUGCUGGGCUGGUUCAAAAGCCUGCACACACUUUGGCUCUCCAGGACCACUGAUUUACCAAUGUGUAUUGUGCCAGAUUCUCCAUCAGACCUGGGUUCAAAUACUAUUUCAAGUGUCUCAAUUACUUUCACAUACAUUUGAAGUAAGUAUUCAGAUAUAUUUUAUUUUAAAAGAAUAGUAGUUGAAUAUUGUAAUUUUUGUAAAUGCACUUGGAAAGUUUUUGAAAUACUCAAGGACACUGACGCAAAUACACUCCCAUGCAUUUAACCCAGGUGUUUAAAAAUAGUAUUUGAAAUAAGUAUUUGAAAAUACUGUAAUAUACAAUUUGUCAGACUAUUUGGUUUUUACAAAUAACCAUUCAAAUACUCAAAUAAAAGUACUUGUUUUGGGCUGUGUAUUGGAAAAUACUCCAAUACAGAGAAAAAGUAUUUUAAAUACCAGAUACUCAAAUACAUGUGUUUGAACCCAGGUCUGUUUUCCAUUAAUAACUGUUGUUUUAGUGCUGUGGCUGAGCCUUCGUCUUUCAGUGUGUAUGAGAGUGAAGUGUUUUACAGGAAGGUAGGAUCUUAUGUUCUGUAAUGUGCCUACUGAGGUAUAAAGAACUGCGUCCAAGAUGUCCAACCGUUGUUUUCAAGGUAAUCUACUCACAUUCACAUACGCCAAUUCAUGGAUCGUCUAUAUCCGGGUUGCAUCCGGUUUACAUGGACCAACAUUACAUGUGCACUAGCAUUCAGUGUCAUCACGUCAUCCAGAACAUUGGAUGAAUAUAAAAUGUUAAUAUCUUCGGCUGUGAGAGAUGGAUUUUAUUUGUUGCCUCACAACAAUUAUUUCAAUAAUUCAAUGGAUGUUUUGUGCACAAAGGUGAUGACUAAAGUCUCGUAUUAGGAAUUUUCUAAUCUGACUUCUCUAUGUAGCCAUCAAUGGAAAUUGUCUUUCUGGGCCAGGUGUCAGUUAAAUUGCAGGACCGAAACAAGACUGUAGGAGCAGUCGAAACUGUGCUUCUAGACCGGAACCCUGGGCCUUUGUUUGUGCCCUUUAAUGCCUGCCCCCACCACUAUAACCCACCCCACUGCAACGCGUGGGCAGGAAAAUGGUUCCUUUUGUCCGGGAGAGCUUAGAGACUCACACUCACAUCCCACUCACAUACACACACUCCUGGCAAUGGAGGAAAAGAGCAGCAGAACUAUUUAUAAUACAGCCAUAGAGACCCACAGUACUGGAAUCCAACAGACUUGUCCAAUGACUUGUCCAAUGUUUCAGUAGAACUACAUUCACAUUGAUUCUCAUUUGACUGAUAUAUUGAAUGAUGAUAGUGAUGGCGAAUGUGUGAGGCCAGAAUGGGAUAGAUAUGAAUGAAGAUAAGGACAGAUAUGCCAUAUGCUUCACAGUGAUCAGUGAACAUGCUCCCUAGGGAUGCAAAUGUAGGUGGCCUAGAAACAACGAGACGUGUGUGCGCGUGCAUCUGUGUGUGUGAGAAGUGUAUCUCAGACCACAUCACCAUUCAGUUGUCUGGAGACUCCGUUAGUAGAUCACUUCCCUCGAAUGUAGCUUCCAUGUGUGUGUGAGAGAGCGUUUAUGUGAGUAUGUGAGUGAGAGCAAGAGAAAGAGAGAGAGUGACAGAGCCCUGCUGUGUCUGUGUGUGAGAGAGCGAUUAGACGCUGCUAUCUCUGUCAUUUUCUCUCCUCUUUCCUCUCUCCUCCGCGUGCCUUUUUACCUCCUGACCCUGGCCGUCCCAUAAUCCUCCUCUCUCACCCCUCACCCCUCUCUUCUCAGCACGGAGGACAUUGACCAGAAUAAGAAACAGGACACUGACUCAGGAGUUGGCAGCGACAACGGGGACAAGAGACUGUCUGCCACCGAGGUAGGAUGAGGGGGUGUUUGUGAGUUUGUGUUUGUGUUCACGUGCAUGCAUGCAUGCACACGCUUGCACUCAUGCAUGCACAUACUGAAUGUGUGUAACAUAUGCAUUUUGUAUUCUACAGUAUACAUUCUCAAACAAAAAACUAUUAUGGUUCCUUUGUUUUGCGUCAUAACAUGAACGUUUAGAAAUGUACACAUCUGCCUGGUGAAGUUGAAUAGUCUCUUCAAAGCAGUUCUGGACUCUGACAGUUGAGCACACAGCCACAGCCUGAUAUCUUCUAUCUUUCUUUCUAUCAUUUGUUUGUUCUUUCAUUUUUUUCUUUCUUACUUUCAUAUACGCUUGUUCACCAUGACCUCACUGUGUUUUGUGGUGACCAGAUAAAAGUAAUGAGUAAGAUGGAUAUUGUCAGGUAUGAUACGACACUUCUCUAGAAUGAUGCAUUUGGGAUGUGUUAUUGAAGAGAACCCAAUUCUGAGUAUCUGUUCAGCAGUAUGUUGCACUUUGAUGUUUGAAAAAAUGUUUAGUAGCUGAAACAUUUGGCUUAUUCUGACUGAAAUACACACUGUUGCGUUGUAGCAGUUGUAGAGAUGCUUUGAUUUUGUUUCAGUAACAUAAAUGUUUGCUGGUGUUUUUGAUAACUGAGCUGUGUGGAUGUUUCAGCCUUCAGACGAGGACAGCUUAAGUCUCAAUGUCCCCAUGUCACACAUCACAGAGGAGGAGGGGCUAAGCAAAGACGACUCCAGCGAACACAUCAGCGCUCUAACA